AUGCCCGACCACCCCACAACCACAACCACCACCACGACGCCAACCACAACCACAACCCCCGCACCCGCACCCGCAAACACAACCACACCCCCCAAUCCUCUCCCCCCCCAAAACACCCCCCAAAACCCACCAACCUCCCACCCCUCAGCCUCAACCACAUCCCCCUCUACAAGCACAGCAACCGAAGCCCGCACAGCCUUCACCGCCACCCUGCGCAGCACCGCGCAAGCGCACGAGACGCACCUGCGCGAGCGCGCCCGGAUCCUGCACGACAACGCCGCCGCCCUCGAGCGCCAGGAGCACGCGCUGGCGGGGUCGACGGCGGCGCUGGCGAAGCAGAACGCCCAGCUGGCCAAGACGGCGGACGCGGCGCGUGACGCGUUGAAAGAGAUCGGGGACGUGCAGAACUGGGCGGAGGUGAUUGAGCGCGAGCUGUUGGUGGUGGAGGAGACGUUGCGGUUGGUUGAGCAUCGUUCGGGGGGUGGGGAUGGGGAUGGGGAGGAUCCUGGGGGGGAGGGGGUUGAUUUUGGUGAUGAGGGGGAUGCUGGGGUUGUGAAUGGGGUUGGGGCUGGGAAGGUGCGGAGAGAUGAGCGGGACGAAGGUCGGGAGGAGGAGGGUGGAGAUGACGACGAUGCCGAUAACGAGAAUCUUGGGAAGGGGAGGGGUGGGUGGUUUCGGUGGUGGUGA